AGUACUUUAAGACCAAGGAGAAAUUGAUAGCAAUAGUAUGGUAAAGGGAUUAGGAAAAAAAAACAAGAUGUCAGCCUCCGAUAGGAAAAAUAUUAGGAGGGAAAAAAGUGAUGACUCAUUUGUGUUUGUAAGAUCAGUAGAUGUGCUUGCAACAAGUCUUGCUGGGGAUACAUCAAGUAAUACAAGAAACACAGAAGCAAAUAAAGAAGAUAUACAAAAUCAGCAGGUAUCACCAAUAAGUCAAAGGACAGAGCCAUUGACCUUACAGAAUUUCCAGAAAUUUAUAGAUACAGAUGGAAGACUGGUGGAUGAGUCAUUAUUGAGGAGAACCGUGUUUUUAGGCGGUGUGGAACCGAACGCUAGAAGAGAAGUAUGGCAGUAUUUGUUUGCUCUUUAUCCAUGCUCUUCAACAAGGAGGGAGAGGGAAGUAUUAUUAUUGGAUUAUAUUGUCAAAUAUAAUGAGAUGAAGUCUAGAUGGAAAACAUUACUAGUUCUUAGUGCUAAACCAGGAGCAACCAAGUUUGAGCAAGGUCUGGUGGCCAGGUACCAGCUAGAAAAUCCACAGAACGGUUUACAGAGCCCGACACUGGAAACCAGUGACCCUCUAGCCAAUGUUGAAAACCUCAGUAUUAAUGUUGAAGCCGCGCAGGCCGACAGCAUGGAAUCAGAUUUCAAUGCACUGUCCAAAAACUGUAAAUUUUUAGAUUUCAACAGCGAAGAGACUAAACAGAAAAUAGAAUUUAUGAAAAUACAGUCACAGGUCUAUGUGAAUCGAUGUAAGAUCGAUGUUACGGGAAUGAAGAAUUAUUUACGACUUAUAGACAAAGAUGUUCCUAGAACAGAUAGAGAUGUGCCAUACUUUAAGGAAUCUACCUCCAAUCAGCUGUCCAUGUUACGCGAUAUUUUGAUAACAUAUGCAACAUUUCAUCCGGACAUAGGCUAUGCCCAGGGUAUGAAUGACAUACUCGCCAGAUUCUUGUACGUCUUUGAUUCUGAGGUUGAGGCAUUCUGGUGUUUUAAUAACUAUUUAGAGAAGAUAAAAGAAGAUUUCCUUGAAGUUGGAAUGAUAAAUAAGAUAGAGUUGGUGAGAAAGCUGUUAUUAGAGAUGGACUCACCUUUACUUGAACAUCUUCAGAGACAUGAUCUUGGUGAUCUUCUCUUUUGUCAUAGAUGGUUGUUACUUGGGUUUAAGAGAGAGUUUAGUUUUAUGGACUCACUACGUGUGUUUGAGAUCUUGAGUAGUCAUCAUUUAGAGCUUUCAUCUAUAGAGGCAGAAACUGCUAAAAGAAAACAAGCUAUGAAAGAGUUUGUUAGGCAAGGUGGCGUAACCAGGACAGAGCCUAUUGAUACGGAGGCAGAAUACACGUUUGAGCUGUUUAUGUGUGUAGCAUUGCUAGAAACGUGUAGAGAUAAAUUGUUCCGAUGUUACGAUGCUGCGAUGGUGUUUGAGUGUAUAAAUAAUUUGGAAAUAAAUCUGGAUUCAAUUCUAGAGCAGUCGGAACAGCUGUUCUUCAGAUACUGUAAAAAGACAGUGGAAAAUAGUUUUCAAAUCGUAGACACUCCUCUUGUACGCAGAUGACCAUACACAGAAAUUAUGCUGAUGUUAUAUGUGUUCACAUAUGAUAGGGAAAACUACACAGCCCAGAAUGUGUUGUUGAAUUCCAUCGUAGACUUGUUAAACAAGUCAGCAAAAAUUUUGUUAAGAACAAAAUUUGCGGUUCCACCAUGCACUAUCUACAAGUUAAUUGAUUCUGCAAUGUACUUUUUAUGCCCCCACAAAGUGGGGAGCAUAUAGCGUUGCACUUGUCCGUCCGUCCGUACGUCUGUCCGUACGUCCCGAAAUCUUGUGAACGCAACUUCUCUUAAACCGGAUGGCAGAGUUUGCUUAAACUUCCAGGGAUAAACAACCUUAAUGUGUAGAUGGUAGUAAAGGAAGGAAUUUUUGCUGCGACCAAAUUUAACAGAAUUAUGGCCCUUUGUUGAUUUUUUCACUAUAUACUAUGUAGAAAUUUUGUGAACGCAACUCCUCUUAAACCGGAUGGCAGAUUUUGCUUAAACUUCCAGGGAUAAACAACCUUAAUGUGUAGAUGGUAGUAAAGGAAGGAAUUUUUGCUGCGACCAAAUUUAACAGAAUUAUGGCCCUUUGUUGAUUUUUUCACUAUAUACCAUAUAGAAAUUUUGUGAAUACAACUCCUCUUAAACCGGAUGGCAGAUUUUGCUUAAACUUCCAGGGAUGAACAACCUUAAUGUGUAGAUGGUAGUAAAGGAAGGAAUUUUUGCUGCGACCAAAUUUAACAGAAUUAUGGCCCUUUGUUGAUUUUUUCACUAUAUACCAUAAAGAAAUUUUGUGAACGCAACUCCUCUUAAACCGAAUGGCAGAUUUUUAUAAAAAGUUCCACAUAAAAAUCUUACAUACAGAAUGAUAUCCAUGCUCUUGUUUACGAGUACAUCUGUACAGUGGGGGCAUCCGUGUCCUUUGGACACAGUUCUAGUUACAAGAGUAUUAAUUCCAACACUUGUUGUUGGCUUUGUACAAGAUAAUUUCUUCCUCCAUGUGCUUUGUAAAAAAUUUUUGUGUUUUUAAGGUAACUUAAUCCACCAUGUGCUUUGUAUAAGGUUAUGAAUUCAACCAUGUGUUGUGCAUGUGAUAAAUGAUUCCUUAAAGUGUAAUGUUUAAGAAAUUUAUUCCAAUAUAUGCUUUGUAUAAGAUUAUCAAUAUCAGCAUGUGUUUUGUACAAGGUAAUUGAUUCCACCAUGUGCUUUGUGAAAGAUUAUUGAUUCCACCAUGUGCUUUGUGAAAGAUUAUUUAUUUUACUAUGUGCUUUGUACAAGUUAAUGAAUUCCACCAUGCACUUUGUACAAGAUUUUUUGAUUCCUCCAUGUGUUUUUUGUAAAAGAUUUUUUGUUAAAUGUAUGUACAAGGUAACUUAAUCCACCAUGUGCGUUGUAUAGUAUUAUGAACUCAACAAUGUGCUUUGUUAAAGAUACUAGAUUCAACUGUGUGUUUUGUAUAUGAUAAUAGAUUUCUAAAUGUGAUAUGUACAAGAAUAUUGAUUAAAAAAUCAUGCUUUGUACAAGAUUAUUAAUUCCGCCAUGUGCUAUAUAAAAUAUUAUUGAUAACUUUAACUUCCAUGUGUUAUGUACAAUAUUUUUGAUUCCACCAUGUGCUUUGUACAAGAUUAUUGAUUCCUUCAUGUGCUUUGUACAAGAAUAAUUAUUCCACUUUGUGCCAUAUAAAAAAUUAUUGAUUACUUUAACUUCCAUGUGCUUUGUACAAGAUUAUUAAUUUGGCCAUGUGUUUUGUAUAAUUAAUUGAUUAAGAUAAGUUAUUCACAUGGAGGCAGUAGUUGUUUUUUUUUACAAGCCUUUGAUUCGAAAUUAUAUUCAUUUUUGAAGAAUUGAUUUUAUUGUGUAUGUCUUAGAACUUGAUAUGAACCAAUUAGGCUAAUUUAUGAAAAUUUGGCUAUUUUUCUUCUGUAAGUUGAGAGGAAAUAGCCUGCUGGGAGCAACUGAUCCUACCAGUGCAAACCAAUGAUGCGGGCUUGUUCUUUGCCAUCUGAUCAUGGUCUGCCCCGUUGAUUAUUCAGCCUGUGCAUAUUUUGAAAUUUUCCCUAAAAGUGAUGAAUGGUUCGAUGGACAAGUCCAUUAAAGGAAUUAAGGUUGGCAGUAGCACAUGAAAUACAAAUGCCACCAGUAUAGAGCCAUGCACAUCAAUUCAGUCUGAAUACAUUCUUAAUAUUUUGAAUGAUAAAAUUCUGAAAUCCCUCUAACUCACAAUGGUCAGUUUCUAAUUAAAAAACUGGACAAGUUCAUUAUACAUUGUCAGGAGGUUUAUGUUUUAUAUUUCACUUCAGUCUUGUAGCUGUGAUUUAAUUCAGAGGUUUCUUAUUCUAGACAGGACAUGUAAAUUACUAGUUUUGAGCAGAGAAAAUGUUACAGUGCAGAAUUUUUCUGUUUCUUUUAUAAUGAUUUUCUACACCAGGAGAUACUCUGCUCAGAAUUUUUGAUACUUAACAUCUCCAUUAUUUUAAUUUUAGAUAAUUUUUAAAAACUUGUAGUAAUUAACAUUCUGUUUAAAGACCUUUCCUACAGUUUCUUAAAGGGACUCCUCUGGAGUAUUUUGACACGACAGGACUUGAAAUAUUGUCCCGAGAUUUGUGUUCCAUUUGAUGUCUGUCUGGACCAAUAUCUCGUGUGGAAAUUUUCUUAUCAUUCCUUCACCCUGUUUACUGGAAUAAUCAUUUUUAUUGCCAAAAAUGUUGACCUAGAAAUGGAAAGCCUCAAAUGGGGCUAGGAAUUGCACAAUAAUAGACUAUCAGUUUGAUUUUGAGUAUAUUUUUUAUAACCUUUGAAGACUUCUCUAUUGUAAGUACUUUACUUGAUAUUUGUAAGAAUUUCAAAUUCUAUGUUUUUUAGGCUUUCUGGCCUCAGGGGAGCUCCCUUUUUUUUCAUAGAUUUUCAAGAGAUUCAGUUUUUAUAUACAUGAUAUAUGUAAAUGUUCAGGGUAACAUUAUAAUAAUCAAAACGUUUAAUUAAUCAAAUGAUCUCGGUGUGUAUUUUGGAAAAUACCUCAUUUUAAGAUUUUAUUUUUUUUUUUAAGAAGAAUAGAAAUUAGUUAUUUGGUAGAUAUUUAUGGCUAUUGAAAGUUAAAAUGAAUUGGCCUACAACUAUAAUAGCAAUAAAAAAGUAUCAUGUGGAUAAUCUUAUGAAAUAUUUCAGGAAAACAAAAUAUUGAAAGAUUUCAAAAGUGAUUUAUUAUGCACAUAUAUAUAUCGUGAACAAUAAUAUUUCUUAAAUUCGAUUUUGAUAAUUUGUUUAAACUUGAGUUUGUUGGCCAUGUUCUUAACAGUUCUAAACGUUUUGUAUGUAACAUUAUAGGUACAGGGUGCCAGUAUUAACUUAUUAGCUCAUCUGUUUUGAAGAAAUAGUCGAGCUCUCAUGAUCGCAGCGACGUCGUUGUUCAAAAUCUUUAAUGAAGCCCAUUACUUGAACAUUUUUAAAACUAUCAUUAUAAAACUUGGAAUACUUGUUUAUUAUGACAAGGCAGAGCAGUUUGACAAGGGGCAUCAUUCUGACAGUUGUAUUGACGGAGUUAUGCGCCUUUUGAACUUAGAAUGUUUAACAGACGAGCGUUAAUACUGCAUGUCGUGCUCUUGUUUUUAAGUUAUAUUUAUAUUUAUUUAUUGUUUUUUAUGUUGUAAACAUGCUUUUGUUUAUUUAAAGGAGAUUAUCAAAGCAGUGCAUAUUUCAAUGUUAUCAGUCUUCUUUAUUCAAGAACACUGUAAGUGAUUUUUGUAUAUAAUUGUUUUUGUUUUGUUAAACUUGUUAUUGAUUUGUGUCAUAAAAAAAUUAAAAGGCAAUAAAAUCA